AUGUUAAGAACCUUGUUAGUAACUAAAUCACUAUGCCGCACAGGCUUUCCCAAAGCAUCCAAUUCAAUAAGAUUGUUCUCGUCUCUAAGAUCUACUUUACUAAUUAAUAAAACUCCAAUCCUUAGGAAUAUUAAAAAUAUUUUAAAUCAGAGUGGCAAGCGAAAUGUUACAAUAGUUGAAACGAAAAGAGAAUCCGUCAAGUUAAAGAAUGCCUCUUGGAGAGAUUUGAAAGCCAUUCUCUCUCUAGCUGGACCUUAUAAAUGGAGAAUAAUACUUGGCAUAUCGUUCCUGGGGAUAAGUAGUUCUAUAUUUCUAUUAACGCCACGAAUCCUUGGCAAGCUGAUUGAUGAAUUCGAUGAAUCAAAGAAGGAUAAUCUGAAGGAGGAUAAAACAUUAGAGAUAGCUAAGUUUUUCAAAGAAAAUCCUAUAGCACUUGGAGGAGCCCUUCUCGUCGGAGCUUUAGCCAUUGCUGCUAGAGUCUAUUGUAUGCACACCGCAGGGCAAUUGAUCAUCAAUGACUUACGAAAGUCAGUGUUCUCGUCCGUUCUCAAGCAAGAUAUCGCAUUUUUUGAUAAAAAUAAGGUAGGAGAGAUUGUUUCUCGUCUCUCUACUGAUGCUUUGAUUGUUGGUUAUUCCGUCUCAAUGAAUUUGAGUGAUGGUGCUCGAGCACUGGUAACAUGCAUGGGAUCAGGCGGAUUAAUGGUUUAUACGUCUCUGGCUUUAUGCAAAGUGAUGUUCGUUGUUAUUCCCGUUAUGGUAGGAACCUUUGCCGUGUUUGGAAAUCUUCAAAGAAGAUAUACAUUGAAAAUGCAGGAAGCUGUUGCAGGAGCGAAUGAGGUCGCAACUGAAAGACUCACAAAUGUACGAACUGUGCGAAUGCUGGCUGCUGAAGAGAAAGAAAUUCAAGCCUACGGUGAAAAAAUCAAAGAAGUUUGGAAUAUUUCCAAGAAAGAAGGUUUUGCUAGAGGCUUGAUGUACGGAUCAUUCCAAUUUACUGGUUACGUUGCUUUAUCUACUGUCUUGUUCUAUGGAAGCAAUUUGAUUAGUCAGGGGCUUUUGACUUAUGGUGACUUAUCCUCUUUCUGCUUAUAUGCCGUACUUUGUGCCGCCAGUUUAUCGAAUAUGUCAGGAUUUUUCAUCGAGAUAAUGAAGGGUCUUGGAGCAAGCAACCGAUUGUUUGAGCUGAAAAAUGCGUAUCCACUUAUUCCACUGACCGGCGGAUUACAAAAGAAAGAUGUUAUUAGUGCCAUUAGGUUCGACCAAGUGGGAUUCAAUUACCCAGGAAGAGAUUCGUUAUUCCACGAUAUCUCUUUUGAAGUUCCAGCUGGCAAGAUUACAGCAAUCGUUGGAACUUCAGGGAGUGGCAAAUCCACGAUUGCCAAUCUACUUUUGAGACUUUAUGACCCCGAUAAGGGAAAGAUUAUGAUUGAUGAUGUGAACCUUAGAGAAAUUGAUCCCACUUUCUGGAGGAGAAGUAUCGGAACCGUUGGACAAGAGCCCGUUUUGUUCUCGACUUCUCUCAAGGAAAACAUAACCUAUGGUUCUGAUGAGAAUGCGGUAAUCACUGAAGCUCAGUUGGUCGAAGCAGCAGAACAGUCUAACGCGAUGGAAUUCAUAAGAACUUUCCCAAACAAAUUUGAAAUGCUGGUUGGAGAACAUGGUUCUACUCUCAGUGGAGGACAAAAACAACGCAUAGCCAUAGCUCGGGCUUUGAUUAAUAAACCACGCAUUUUGAUUCUUGAUGAAGCUACGAGUGCAUUGGACGCUAGCUCAGAGUACUAUGUAAGGAUGGCACUUAAUAAGUUAUUAGAUAAUAGUCAACAAACAGUUUUAAUAAUAGCCCACAGAUUAUCUACUAUCAAACACGCAGAUCAAAUAGUUGUUUUGGACAAGGGUACCAUAGCCGAGAAUGGAACAUUCAAAGAGCUCAUGGACAUAGAAAACGGAGUUUUCAGGAAAUUAGUAGAAAAACAAACAUUAGGAUGGACUGAUAGCUCCACAGCCAAGAAUGAGACACUAGAUGGAAGCAAUCCCGUUCUUCAAUCAAAUUAG